CACCUCAGUUGUGCGACCUCUAAGAGAAAUAAAGGAUGUGAUAAUUACCCUUCUUGUUAGAUGUGAGACGAAAAACGUGAAUGUCCCAAAUCACCACUUGACAAUUCCCAAACUGACACCUGCAAAACACAACCCUACGAAAAAUCGUGAAUGCCCCAAAGUGCUCUUGUACCGCCCGUGAAUAGGAAUGCCUUGCCUUGGUUAUCAUGUCAAGAUUAAAAUACCACGACAAGAUAUCUCCCUCCUCUUUACCCCAAUCCUCAGCUUUCCCCGCCAACAAACAAGAAAAAUGUGCAUCUACACAAACCGCCGCUACAACCCCUGCUGGUGCAGUGACUACUACGUUAAGUUCUCUAACCGCUGCGAAAAGUCCCUCCACUCUGCCUCAGGGGGAACCAUGUCCCCAGCCUACUGACCCCUUCAUCCUUUCUUCUCUGGAAAAGGAGGAAUUCGGCUACUGCGACUGGCACCUUAAAGUAAAGGAAGCGGAGUACCUUGCAAAGGGGAUUCCGAAUCCUGCAUACAACCAAGCGGAAGAAGGGGCGCUGCAAAAGACGGACACGGUUGCGAAUACCAGAUACUCGGAUCCAAGUCCAGAGGGCAACGACAAGCAGGGAGAUGGACUGGGGAUUCGAACAUCAAACACAAUCCCACAAUCACCGCCUCCAGAAACUUCACAUCGACGAUCCGACCCAAAUCUAGACGUUGUACCAAACUCUUUCCACCUCCCAGCAAAGCAGCUUCAACGCUCCAAAACCUCGGCACAGCGCCACUCUCAACCACCAGACCCAAAUCAACAACCCGUUGAAGUUCCCAACCCCUGGCACCCGCAGAAUCUUCAGCGCUCCAAAACCUCAGCACAAGUUACAACUGGAGCAUCUCACCCCGAUCCCCAAUUACAACACAUCCAACGCCCCAAAACCACCGCCCUCCCUCCCUCUCACGCUCAGAAUACGGGUCCCACUCCACAAUACAUACCCAUCACAACCCAGCACCUCCUCCCCUCUAAAACAACCGCCCUAUCUCCACUUCGAGGAACAAAACCAGUGCAAGUAGCGAUCAGGGACAGCAAUGGAUUCUUCAUAUCACCAGAGGCAUUGCAGCGGAAAGGGGAAGAGGAGCUCCGGAGAAGGAGUACCGACGCACCACUCUCCCCGCCUCCACCGCUCUCAGAUCGAGCAUUCCACAGCCCAUCGAAGUUCGGGAACUCGGAUCCGAGUCUGGCAUCACCCCACAGAGCUCGACCUGGCUCGGGUUCUGGUUCGGGUUCGGGAGUGGAUGGUGAUCCCCUGUCGGAUACGCAUACUGAGGCUAGGGAAGAAGCGCGGACACCGAGGGAGAUCAACCAGCGCACGGGCAAGCGCAACCGUGUCUCCUUCGUGUAUGGAAAGCCUGAUGUUGCAUUGACCGGUGGGAUGCCACAUGAAACAGAUCCCGAUCUUUACCCUCGACCUCUCCAACCACAGCCAGCCCAAGACCCGCAGCAAACGGGGGGUGGGGAGGGGGGUUGGAGAGUGAGUGGGGUGCUGAGAUGGAUGGGUGGGAUUGGUCAGGGGCAGGACGUCGAGGAUGAUGAAGAGCUUAGAACGAACUAUGUAUCCUCGGACGAGGAGGGAGGAGUGAAGAUGGUUGAUAGGAAUCGGUAUGGAGGUGGAGGUUCUUGCCAGGGAUGGACUACUGGGUCCUGUGAUGAGGGAAGUGGAGCAAAGUACUUUCGAACGACCUUGCGAUGA